AUUAUAUGUGACAAAUUCAUGUAGCUGUAAAUAUUUGGAAUGGAUAAAAAUAAAGAAAGUAAAUCAAAAUUACCACCAUAUCAGCAUGGUAGACCAAUUACUGGGAUGUUACAUCUCACCCGACCAAGCCAAGAGGAAAAAGCAAUCGCAAAUUCAAUCGAACUACAAUCAGUGAAAAAGGGAAAUAACGCAGAACUAACUGGAGACAGUCAAGACUAUGACGAUAGAGGUGAAGCAUUUAAAUCAGAAAUAGAAAGAUUUAUACAAAUAUCGAAGUACUUUUUAAGCCCUUUGCGUAAAACUGCUUCGUACAUAUGCGAAAAUCGCCUCGUCUCAUACCCUAAUCCAUACAGAAUUCAAUAUAAACGCGGUGGCGUCACACAACAGAACAUAAAAUUCUGUAAUCUCGUCUUGGAACCGGUAUAUAUCAAGUUAUAUAAACUAGUGCCAGAUUUAGAACAACUUAAAUAUAUCAACUUGUCACUUUCGCGAUCUAAAAGAGUCCCACCGGGUUUGUCGUUCAAUUUGAGCUUCGUUUAUGAUGAUGUUAAUGAGAAGCCAUCAUGCAAUGCUAAAAUGAUCUUUGUGGCAUCAAGAAAAACUACUACGCCGUGCUAUCAAAUAUGUGAAAUAGAUUUAUUGAUUGAAUCUCAGAAAAUUCGAGAUAUUAAUCGCAAAAUAAUACUUUUUGAGAAGCUAUAUGAAAAUGGUGAAAAUCAAGUGCACAAAAGUAUGUAGUGGAUUUGAGACAACUCUCCUCUUAGCGGUAGUCUUGAUAAAAGAUGAAUUUUAUUACCUUAUAUGAAUUAAUUUGAUGAUUUUUAUAUAAAAAUCAUUAGACGUAUUAGUUAAUAUAAUGAAUAAAUAUCGUACUAUCUAAUUUAUAUUUAUUAUUUAUAGCUUAUUAAUCAGUUUACUUUAUAAUAGAAUUAAUCUAUGUAGUUAAACCACUGUAUCAUUAUUUUAUAUUUGUAUCUUAGCAAAGAUAUAGUACAUUAAGUAGACGACGAUGUAAUAAGAGUGAGAUAUAGUUAUUAUUUCCAUGAGAAAUCAAUUACAAUAAAUAGUUCAACGAUUCAUUACUAUAAAAUAGCAAUGUAAAAUAAAUUUACGUAAUUACGAUGAA